AUGCCGCCCCUCAACGGUUCCUGUCUCUGCGGAAACAUCAAGAUCACUGUCAAGGAUGGUGGUUUGCCUUUGAAGCCUGUGACUUGUCGAUGCACCAACUGCCAACAAACUGCUGGAGCUCCCUACUCCCUGGUCGCCAUCCUCCCCGAGGAACACGUCGAAAUCACUGGCGAACCCAAAGCGUACAAAGACACCACCCCCGAUAGCGGCAACCACUCUUCCCGUCGUUUCUGUGGCGAAUGUGGCUCCCCUAUCCAAACCGUUGCUACCUCUCGUCCCGGUACUGCCAUCAUCAAGAUGGGUAUGUUUGCUAAAUCGGGUGCUUGGGGUAAGGAGAUCGAUGCUCCCGUAGCACAGGUUUUCACCAAGAACAAGAAGGAUUGGGAGAGCCUCGUUGAGGGUGCUGCUACGAUGCAGGAUCAGACUGCCUAG